AUGGCAGCUCGACGGCGCUCAGUUCUCAGUAGCGUCUCGUCCGAGCCUACGACUCCUCGUGCGGAUCAGGAUGUUUUCAUUGAUAUGCAAUAUGCUAAGCACACUUGUACCGAUCCGACGGCUUUCGUCACCGAGCCUUGGAAGUACUGUCAGAACCCAACAAACACCUACCUAGGCUUGAGAUUCGACCAGCGCGAGAAAUUCAAGUCAAUGCUGAACAAAUCGCACUUGAGUCGAGUCGAACAUGAAGUUGAGCGGAUCGAACAGACAAGGGUCAAUUUCUGUUCGUAUGACAGAAAGAAGCAGAUGAUGGCUGAGCUGAACGAUGCCCGCCGCGAAUGGAAGGCCGAAGUUAAGACGAAACUGAAUGAGUACAUCGAGAAUAUCCGAGAGACACCAAAGUACCCAGAAGGUUGGAAUCGCAACCAAAAACUGGAUCUAAACCACCUUGAGCGGGUCAACAAGGCAUGGAAGGUCGAAGACAAUUCCCAGAAUUCAAAACUCUCCCCAAACCUGGAGCCGGAAUACGGACUCAAAGCAGGCGCAAUGUACUUCCACAAAUCAGACUCUGGUUAUGGCCCUUCUACUUACUAUCAUUCGAAGUUUCUUCCUGGGAAGUUUCCAAACCAAAAAUUGCCAGUGCACAAUUUGCUCGACGAUAGUGACCUGAAUCCUCUCUCUGAGCCAUGUCCAGCGGACAAAUUAAGAUAUUUUCAUUUUCCAACAAACAAUAUGCUUUGGAUCGAAAAAGCCAUGGCACGCUACUACAACGAGGAUGAUGGGGAUUACACCGAUCUGGUGGCCCCAGAUAAGAUGUCGAAGGCGGAGAAGCUACUUUGCCGCGAAUUCUGGCGCGAUCCAGGAUCGGGGGCUUAUAUGCAGCGAGAUGCAACGCCAAAGGAUACAGCCUCGACUAACAGUCCCCAGGAACCACCCAUCCCAAGGACAAAGCCUAAAAAUUUUGCAAUCUUCUUGCCUUAUUUACAUUGGGAAACUGAUUCCAGGAGAUCAAAGAUGGCCGAGGUUAUCAAGGAGGAAACAUUAGAACGCGAAAAGAAGUCACCCAUCAAAAAAAGGACCGAGAUAGAGAGCAAAACAAGGAACCUUUUUUUUAAUGCUCUUCAUUCUGGGGCAUCCAAGUCUAGAAGGCUCGAGCAACAGAUGACGCGGUUCAAAAAGCCCGAGAAAUCUAAGCUGGGUCGAUAUCUCAUGGGUGUUGCACAAGUUGCAGAUGAAAUGGAUUACGAAGCAGAUGAGCGGCUGCUAAGGGAAAAUCUUCAUGUUGACCCUCCUAUGCAUGUUCGAAGAACCCUCGACCAAAGCUAUUUCCUCACUAUAGAUGAUACUGCAGUUCGUGACAGGGAUCAGGUGGUUUACCGUGAAACCAGAGAAGGGCGCAGUUUCUACUCUAUGAACACUCGAGUCGUCAUGGUUGAUCAGCUCUGGUUGUGGAUAUUGGAUGAUAACACCAUCAUAACCUCCUUUCCAAGGCGAUGGGGCAGAAACAAGCCGGAUCCAUCCGGUGUACACAAAAGUCUACGGGUGCGUCUUGCUCAUAUUCCCGAGGGUCAGAUCCAAUCAAUCUAUGACUUAGCGCUCAUCAUUAUUGACCAAUGUUCUCGGGUAUUUUUCGAUCGAACAAAACCCCUUGAUCAAAGACCCGAGGUUAUGGACAUCUUUGCUUCUGCCAUAGGCCGUGUUACUGAGCGCACGACCAUCGCAUACGAGAGCUUCUGGCUUAACAUGCAACUCCGCUCACUCAAUCCACCCCCUUACGGAACUGAGAAUACGGACCACAGGUACCCUGACAUCAACCUAGAAGGUACCCUACUUCGCGAAGUACAGGAUAUUGCCGAAGAACUUCAGAUUAUGCUUCGCAUUUAUAACCAGCAGCUACAUGUUGUAAAGGAUCUCAGAAAAGCACUUGGUCACAUGAAUGGAGAGUCCAAGAACGAGCCUGAUGAAAUGAGAAGUCUCGUGAAGCUGAUGGAACUCUGGCAGAAUCAGAAUGCCAAUAAUCCAGGCCAAAUUUCGUUGAUCAGGAAAGAUGUGGUUCCAGAAAGUACGAUCGAAGAAGCCAAUGAUCUGUUGGAACUGAUCAAGAACCGAAAGUCUGAAAUCCAAGACUUGGAAGAUGCGGCUCUUAAAACUGGUCAACGGCUGCAAGGUCUGUUAUCGCUCAAGCAACAGGAAGCCAGUAUUAUCGAAGCCAAGGCAGCUCUCCAGCUAGCCGGGGAGAGCGUGAGGCAAGGCCGUGCCAUCAUGGCCUUUACAGUUGUGACGAUCUUCUUUCUCCCUCUCGGAUUCUUUGCUGCAUUCUUUGGGAUGAACAAUCAAGAGAUAAACGACGCACCGUGGAUGACUCUGGGUCAACAGACCAAGUAUAUGUUUGGAAUUUCUGCUGCCGUCAUUACAAUUUCAAUCUCCAUGGCCUUCAGCCCAUGGACACGAGCAAUUCUCACAGUCUUAGUCAAAGUCCCACUAGCGUACAUUACCGAGUACACAGGACUACGACAUUUUUGGAUGGAUCACAUCAUAGAUCACCAAACUCUUGGCAGGAAGGGGCAAAAACGGCUUGAUCAUAUCUAUAAGAGACAGGAACGGAUCGCUGCGAGGCAGAAGGAAGAAGAAGAUAAGAAAAACGAGGAAAACGCAAAGCGGGAUCCGGCAGCUAUGUUGGUUGAAACGUUUUUGAAGGGUAACGUUGACGGCAGAACUGUGACUGAGAUGGUUUGA